AUGUAUAUUCAUCUCCUCGGGCUCCUCCUCGCCGGAGGCCUUGCCUUCUUUUAUCUCCUACGAGCAUUAAUAUCACCGCUUCGGUCCGUUCCCGGACCUCUACUAGCACGUUGUACUGACAGUUGGUAUCUAUGGCGGAUAACAAAAGGGAAAUUCGAGUUUGAUAAUAUUGAGCUACAUCGCAAACAUGGCCCAGUAAUCCGCUACGGGCCUAACAGAUUCAGUUUUGACGACCCGCAAGCUUCGAAGAUCAUCUACGGUCAUGGAACCCACCUCAAGAAGUCGGCAUGGUACGAGACCUGGAAAUUCCCGAAACCAACAGAUCAAUGGAAUUUAUUCGAGGAGAGAAACCAGAAACGACACGCAUUACUCCGUAAACCUUUUUCCAACACGUAUUCAACCACAUCCUUGGUGUCAUUCGAGCCUUACAUCGAUGAAUGCACAGACCUCUUUGUCCAAAGGCUCAGGGAGUCUGCUGGCAAGGGCGUAGCCCUUGACUUUGGCCACUGGCUUCAAUGCUAUGCGUUCGACGUCAUUGGCAAUAUCACCUUCGCUCGGCGUUUUGGGUUCCUCGACCAUGGGGAUGACAUUGGCGGGGUGAUUUCCGCGCUCGAAACUUCCGCCAGCUACUCGGCUAAAGUUGGUGUAUACCCUCAAUUCCAUGGAUUUCUUUUCAAGUUGGCCGGUCUACUGGCUGGGGAGGAUGGAUCCGGCUUCAAGUUUGUAAACAAAUUUGCCAACGACACGAUCAAGGAGUAUCGGGAUAGCCGGAAGGCCGCGGUCGACUCAUCACAGAGCGGGGGCGGUAAUGAGUCCUUCCUGUCUAUGUUCUACAAGAAACACGAGGAGAACCCUACACAGUUUACAUCCUAUCACGUCUUCGCUGGUUGCGCCCAGAACGUCGGCGCGGGCUCCGACACCACUGCGAUCAGCCUGUCUGCGACAUUCUAUCACUUGUUAAAGAACCCACAAUGCUUCCACAAGUUACGUGAGGAGAUCGAUGACGGUAUCAAACAGGGCACUGUGUCGCAGAAGCCAACUUUUAAGGAGACACAGUCCAUGCCUUAUCUUCAGGCAGUGAUCAAGGAAGCAUUGAGACUCCAUCCUGCUACUGGAUUUCCCCUCGAGCGCGAGGUACCCGAGGGAGGUGCAACAAUUUCGGGUCGGUUCUUCCCCGCAGGAACUAUUGUUGGCAUCAACGCAUGGGUUGAGCAUCGAAACAAACAGGUUUGGGGCGAGGAUGCAGACCAGUUUCGGCCUGAAAGAUGGCUCAUUGAUGACGCUGACAAGCUGUCGCUAAUGAACCGUCACUGGAUUCCAUUUGGAAUGGGUUCUCGAGUUUGCAUUGGGAAGAAUAUCUCCCUGCUCGAGAUGCAGAAGCUUGUCCCUCUCAUUGUCCGUGAAUUUGAUUUGGAUCUUGCUGGGGGACGUGCCUGGACCUGGACAACCAUCAACCAUUGGUUUGUGAAACCCAAAGGCUUCAAAGUGUUGGUGAAUCAAAGAAACGAUAAGGCGGAGGGUUGA